GAUCAGAUCUUCAACAACUAAACAGUAGAGAGGAUACAAAUCUCAGAAUGCCAGAGUUCCAGCUUCUGAUGAUCACCGUGGCUGGGAUGCUACUCAUCUCUGUGGGACCUUGUGCGGGCUUUCGGAUCACAGGAAAUGUUGCAUUGAAAAGUGUGACCUACCAGUCCAUUGACUCGUUGAACGGAAACACGGCUUUCAAAGCUGUUGAUGGAAACCGAGCAACAAAUUUAGCAAAUGAUUCCUGCACUUACAUAACUGCAAAAAGAACCCCCUGGUGGAGAGUAACCCUGCAAAAACCAUACAAAAUUGUCAUGGUUUCAAUCACCACCGGGGGCGACUGUUGUGCUGAUAGGAUCAAUGGAGCCGAGAUUCGUAUUGGCAACAGUCUUAUCAACGACGGCAACCAGAAUCAGCUGGUUGCAAGAGUAUAUUCCAUGCUGCCUGGGAAAACACAGAAGUUCAAGUUCAGCCCUGUAGACGGACAGUAUGUUAAUGUGGUCCUACCAGGAGAGGACCGCAUUCUGACAUUAUGUGAAGUAGAAGUGUACGCAGUCUCUGAAGACAUGGUAGCAAUGAUACAGUCCAAUAUGAUCAAUGUGGCACCGAACGGACGAGCCACCCAGUCCAGUGUGAAUCAAGGUUCUACAAUGUGCCUGAGUCUUGCACAAAAUGCCAUUGAUGGGAACCGCCAAUAUGAUCUAUUCAAAGGCUCUUGCACUCAAACAGACACUGAAAGUAAUCCCUGGUGGAGAGUGGAUCUGAUCAAGACAUAUACAAUUGCAUCAGUGGCUCUUACCAACCGCGGCGACUGCUGCUCUGAACAACUGAACGAAGCGGUGGUUCACAUUGGAGAUUCACUAAUGUCUGAGGGCCGUGAAAACCCAGUGUGUGUUAAAGUGUCCUUCAUCCCUGCGGGAGGGACUGGGAUGUUCAGAUGUGAUGGUGUACUUGAAGGCCGUUAUGUGACCGUAGCUCUUCCAGGAGAAAACAGGACUCUGAGCUUGUGUGAAGUAGAGGUGUUUGGGAUCCCAACUGAGUAAUAUAGAUAAUGCAUCUUUUAAGCAGGCAAAUAACAUCCUACCAUAUUCCUACCGUGUAUUGCUUAAUAAUUUGUAGUCUGAUAAUAUUUUUAUAAUUCUAUACCUGUUACAAGUAUUUGCAUGGGAAACAGAACUGUUGUCUUAAAUGCUCAAAGUAACAUGAAAAUAAAAUUUCUACUUUGCUUUAAUACAAACUGUGCAUUCAUACCAGCCACUUGAUGUCACUAUUGCUUUAACUUCACUUGAAAUAGGAAAUAUUAAGAAACUUCUCAAAAAUAAAU